GUCACGUGUCCUCCCAGAUAGGAACGGGGUUGAGGUGGGAUUGUUCCUACUUGCUCGCUAGACUCAUGGCAGAUAUAUAGAUAGAUAGAUCAUACAGAGAGGAGAAAAAGGAGUUAGUCGAACCAUAUUUCUCUUCUCAUUAUUCUAGUUUGCUCGAAGAGGAAUGACUACACCCAUACCAAUUACAGCAGCAGUAACACCCAUCAUCUCUUCUUCUUUAUCAUCGUCGUCGUCGUCGUCAUCAUCAUCAUCAUCCAUACACAUUAAUAGAACCGGCAAUGUUUCUAUCAAGUCUUCGCCUUCGUUUGCAGUUUCAUUUUCAUUUUCACCUUGUGUCACUGUUUCCCGCCUCAACCUCCAAAUAAGAAGAAGAACAAGGAUGAUUUCUUGCGAGGUCGCCCUCAAAUCAGAUUCCACGGCCUCUUCCUCCUCCUCCGUUGGCAAAGACGAUUCAUCAUCAGCAUCAGCAGCGCUACUUGAUGAGGCCAAGAAGAUCGGAGCCAGGGUUAGGGUUAAAGUGCCUUUGAAGGUGUACCAUGUUCCCAGGCUGCCGGAGGUGGAUCUGACUGGUAUGGAAGGCCAGCUCAAGCAGUACGUUGGGCUCUGGAAGGGGAAGAGAAUCUCCGCCAAUUUUCCUUACAAGGUCGAGUUCCGUACUGAAAUCGAAGGCCGCGGCCCUGUCAAGUUCUUUGCCCAUCUCAAGGAGGACGAGUUCGAAUAUCUCUGAACCGAAAGUCUAGUCGGGCAGUCAAAAUUGUUGCACUCUUCUAUGUAAUCUCCCCGACACCCCCUUUUUUUUAAUUUUAUUUUUAAAAGUCCUAUUAUUAUGUUUUUGUUAUAAUAAUUACUCCUACUUAUUAAAGUUGUUGCGCAUUUUCGCUUGUUUUGAGAA